UUAUUAUUAUUAUUAUUAUAUUAUUAUUAUUUAAAAAGAAAAACCAAACCACUCAAUCUCAUUAUUCAACACUGAUCAACACAAAAUAUGUCUUCAAGUGGUAGCAACAUUCAUGGUAAGAAUAUUAUGGAACAAGAAUCACCAACCAUCCCAACAACAGUGACACCUAGCCGCUAUGAAUCUCAAAAGAGAAGAGACUGGAACACUUUUGGUCAAUACUUGAACAACAUGAGACCGCCGGUUCAACUUUCACAGUGCAACUGUAACCAUGUGUUGGAUUUUCUUCGUUACUUAGACCAGUUUGGAAAAACCAAGGUUCAUUUACAAGGUUGUAUGUUUUAUGGACAACCAGAACCACCUGCACCUUGUACUUGUCCUCUUAGACAAGCUUGGGGAAGCUUGGAUGCUCUUAUUGGUAGACUUAGAGCUGCUUAUGAAGAAAAUGGCGGAUCUCCUGAUACUAACCCUUUUGCUAGUGCUUCUAUUAGGGUUUAUCUUAGGGAGAUCAGAGAGUGUCAAGCUAAGGCUAGAGGUAUACCUUACAAGAAGAAAAAGAAAGGAUCUCAAAGCAAGGGAAGUGAUGAAUCAAGCUCUACUUCUAUGAACUUUUCUUGAAUAUCAUUGGAAAAUGUGGUUAAAAUCUGGGAGUUAUUUCUCAUAAAGGUUUGGUUUUCUAUGGCAUCCCAUAAAGGAUUGGAAUCAAAGAUCAUUAUAUAAGCGUCGGUUAUGUCACGGUGUGUCUUAUAUUCAAACAUCAUUUAAAAUUUUACGUAUAUAUAGUUCUUGGUUUCAUUAAAAAACAUGAAAGAUGUAAGUUUGGUUUCAAAUGUACACUUUAUCCAUUAUAGUUAGUGAUCCUUUUUACAUGUUUUUUU